AGGAGUAGCUGGGUUCAGCCAAACGAAGUGGACACUCCGUACAGGACCUGUCUCAAGAAACUGACUCGACGUGUUCUACUUAUGGUCAUGAUAUCAAAAUCAUGAUCCCAAGAACCAGAUGGCGGCGCCCAGUAUCUGAUAUUAGGCGUCAAGUCUAUCGAACACUCUUCCUCCAACACACACAUUACGCGAUGUCUCCUGCCACAGUCCACCUUUCUCCAACGCCGGACUUCCUCCUGUUCUCUGGUAUCGAAGUUUUAGCAAUCUUGUUCACCAUGGCUCUUUGGGGAAUAUCCUGCUUGCAAAUUUUUCUUUACUUUUUCAACAGUACACAGGAAGAUAGUUGUUACAUCAAGGGUUUGGUUAUCUGGCUCUGGUCCAUGGAUACAGUGCAUCAAGGUCUUCUUAUUUCCGGAGUGUACAAAGCGAUACGCGACAAUGCAACAGCAAGUACAGAUCAUAUUAGCUGGGAGUAUCUAAUUCAAAUCCUUUUCACGAUUCUGGUCACCACGCCUGCCCAAGGGUUUUUUUCGUACCGAAUCUGGAUGUUCAGUAAUAAAAGCAAACUUAUCAUUUCCUUCCUCGCACCUGCCAUCCUAUUCCAACUUAUCGACGGAAUCAUUUUCAUGGCUAUCAACCUUCCAGCGACAGACAAACUGCAAUUUACAACCUCUACUAGCAAGGGCAUCGCCAUCGCAUACUUCAUCGACGGCGCCGUUGUAGAUCUGUUUAUCGCUAUCGCUAUGUGCUUAUUCCUCUGGCGAAGAUACCUUCGUAUUGGCAUCGCAACCAAGGGGACGCGUUCUAUGAUUCACAGGCUCACCCUCUUCUCUAUCAACACGGGCUCCUGGCCAGCCAUCAUAGCCAUCAUUACUUUGGUCAUGUUACUGGCGUAUCCGACCUACUAUCUCUAUGCGGGACUCUAUUUCUUUCUCUCACCUGUUUACUGUAACACCGUGCUCGCAUCGAUCAAUGCGCGACCGUAUAUUCAAAGCGUGAAUAAUGGACGACAUAUCUAUAUCCCAAAGGAAUCCGGACUUCAAUUCGCAAGUCAUGAUUCUCAAGGCGUUUGCUCUAAUCUUCAUGGAACACCGCAUGGACUGGAAUUGGCGUCGUACAAAGUCGGUCCCGAGGAGUCGACGGAAGGAAAUGACUGUCUGAACAUCGUUUGAAGUUCUGGACAUACUAAAUGUAUCCUAAUAAUGUGGCCAUCGAUUCCAGCAGCGUUCCUUGUUAGUAUCCCGACCGUCAAGCCCAAAUAUACCUUUGUCUACGCAUUUAUUCCAAGGAUCAGUGACGACUACUGCUUGGAAACAAUGCUCGGAUUACAUCAGAUUAUUCUCAGUGAUACAGAUCAGUCACUACAUACAAAAGCGAGUUACAUACAAUACAAACCAAUCCGCUCAUGUGCGUCCCUUGAUGUUGUACAGCCAUCCCAAUAUAUUCUGCAGCACGUUUACCCCCUCACUUUUACUCCGGCACCCUCGAGUAU